CCCGCGGGCGACGGCAGCAGCUCCGGGCGUCCCGGCUCCCCGCGCUGCCGCCGGCGGCCCCAGCUGCGCCCGCCCCGCCUAAGUUCCUCGCCGUGGCCGGGCCGGGGCGGCGGGAGCGGGUCUCCCCGCAGGGAGGAAGGCGGCCGCCUUCCGGGCCGGGAGAGCCGCCUCCCGCGGGAGCGCACGAAGCCGGAGCCGCCGCCCAGCAGGAAUUCCUUGGAGCCUGCCCUGGGAAUGGACAGCCACCUCCAUUUUUGGAGGAGAGUAGUACCAAUUGAAGAGGCCUUUAAGGCAAGUCAAAAAGUGUGCUGAUACUCUUAGAAGAGUAAAGGGAAGAGACAAUCUUCUAGGCCAACAGCCAUGCCUUUCGGGCUGAAACUACGACGGACCAGACGCUAUAAUGUCUUGAGCAAGAACUGCUUUGUGACACGGAUCCGUCUGCUGGACAGCAAUGUCAUCGAGUGCACUCUCUCUGUGGAGAGCACAGGGCAGGAGUGCUUGGAAGCUGUUGCUCAGAGGCUGGAAUUACGUGAGACACACUACUUUGGCCUUUGGUUUCUCAGCAAGAGCCAGCAAGCCCGCUGGGUUGAACUGGAAAAGCCUCUGAAGAAGCAGCUGGACAAAUUUGCCAAUGAGCCUUUGCUUUUCUUUGGGGUAAUGUUCUAUGUGCCCAGCGUUUCCAGACUGCAACAGGAGGUAACAAGAUAUCAGUAUUACCUACAAGUGAAAAAGGACAUUCUUGAUGGCCGAUUGCGUUCUUCACUGGAACAGGGAAUUCGACUAGCUGCUUUAGCAGUGCAAGCGGAUUUUGGAGACUAUCAUCAGUUUGAAUCUCAUGACUUCCUCCGAGAGUAUGUCUUGUUUCCUAUGGACUGGACCCAGGAUGAAGCUGUCCUGGAGGAACUGACUCAAAAGGUUGCACAGGAACACCGAACACACAGUGGCAUUACAGCAGCAGAGGCUGAGCUAAUGUACAUCAAUGAAGUGGAACGCCUUGAUGGGUUUGGACAGGAACUGUUCCCUGUGAAGGAUAAUCAUGGAAAUGACAUACACCUCGGUAUUUUCUUCAUGGGAAUCUUCAUAAAAAACAGAAUUGGAAGGACAACUGUGAUCUAUAGGUGGAAUGACAUUGGGAAUAUUGCACAUAACAAGUCUUCAAUUAUUCUAGAGCUGAUCAACAAAGAGGAGAAUGUGCUCUUUCACACAGAUGAUCUUGAAAAUGCUAAAUAUAUCUCACGAUUGUUUGCAGCAAGACAUAAGUUUUACAAACAGAACAAAAUCUGCACAGAACAAUCAAGUUCUCCUCCCCCUAUCCGACGACGGCCCACUUGGAGUAGAUCAUCUUUGCCUAGACAACAUCCAUUUAUACUGCCUCCUAUGCAUGUCCAGUGUGGAGAUCACUACACUGAAACACAUAAUUCACAAGACAGCAUUUUUCAUGGAAAUGAAGAAACCUUCUACUGUAGGUCUCAGACCAGCUUGGACAGGUGUCCAGUGGACUUCAGUUACUUGAAUGGUAAUGGACCCAAUGGGAGCGUAUGCAGCGCACACAGCAUGAACUCCCUGAAUCGCUCACAGAACUUCAUUCAGGCAUCUCCAAUGUCCUCAAACCUGAGCAUCCCUGGAAGUGACAUCAUGAGAGCAGACUAUAUCCCCAGCCACAGACAUAGUGCAAUCAUAGUCCCGUCGUACCGACCGACUCCAGAUUAUGAAACUGUCAUGAGGCAAAUGAAGAGAGGAGUGAUCCAGAUGGAUAGCCAAAGUCAGUCUUUGAGGAAUCUCAAUAUUGGAAACACGCAUGCUUACAACCAGCCAGAAGACCUAGUUUACAGUCAACCUGAGAUUCGAGAGAGGCAUCCUUAUACGGUCACUUACGGGCCUCAGGGUGGUAGCUACAACAAGCCUGUUACGCCCUCUGACCAAAUGAACCCUAACAGUGCUGUGCAGAAUAAGACAGCGGCCAGUGCCAUAUCACACACGGUCAGCACACCGGAACUGGCUAACAUGCAGCUGCAGAGCAGCCAGAAUUACAAUACUGCUCAUAUGUUAAAGAACUAUCUCUUCAGACCCCCGCCUCCGUACCCGCGCCCACGUCCUGCCACCAGCACACCUGACCUUGCAAGCCACCGGCACAAGUAUGUCAGCGGGAGCAGCCCUGACCUGGUCACACGUAAAGUGCAGCUCUCGGUAAAGACGUUCCAAGAGGACAGCUCGCCGGUCGUCCGCCAGUCGCUGCAGGAGGUCAGCGAACCCCUCCUGGCAGUGAAGCACCAUGCGGCUGUGAACAAGCGCCACAGCUUGGAAGUCAUCAGCAAUAUGGUACGUGGUAUAGAAGCCAUGGCGUUAAAAACUUUAAACGCUCCUCUGCCGCGCAGGAACACCUUGCGGGAGCAGGUGCAGCCGGAAGAGUCGGUUCAGAUGGGGCAUGAAGUUCAACAGGUUCUUCAUUACCAUCACAAAAAGACCUUCUCUGAUGCCACAAUGCUGAUACACAGCAGCGAAAGUGAAGAGGAAGAAGAAACCGCAAAGUCUGUGUCACAGAUAAGAGCCCUCCAUGAGAACAUGAAGUACAGUGCUCAGUUGCAAGCUGCCUUGGCUAGAAUACCAAAUAAACCUCCUCCAGAAUAUCCCGGGCCUCGUAAAAGCGUCAGCAACGGAGCCUUGAGGCAGGACCAUAUUAGUGCUUCCGUGGCCGCAGCCAGGGCCAAGGCCAUGAGGCCAGGGCCUUCCAAGGCCAUCAGUGUGUCUCGGACAGAUCAAGUGGCAAUAAAUGGGUCCUCGCUCGGGCCCUCUAUCUCAGAGCCUGACCUGACAAGUGUAAAGGAGAGGGUGAAGAAAGAACCUGUCAAGGAAAGACCUGUGUCUGAAAUGUUCUCUAUAGAGGACAGCAUUAUAGAGAGAGAAAUCAUGAUAAGGAAUCUAGAAAAGCAGAAGAUGGCAGGCCUGGAGGCCCAGAAGAGGCCCUUGAUGUUGGCAGCACUGAAUGGACUUUCGGUUGCUAGGGUUCCAGUGCCGGAGGACAGCCAGGAUGAAGUAGCCAAGGUGCCAAUGGAUGAGAGGUGCAAAAUCUUGAAGAGGAAGUUGGAAGAGGGGAUGGUGUUUACAGAAUAUGAGCAGAUUCCAAAGAAGAAGGCAGAUGGGAUCUUCACCACUGCUGUCUUGCCUGAAAACACUGAGCGCAACCGCAUCAGGGAAGUUGUUCCUUAUGAGGAGAACCGAGUGGAGCUGGUGCCGACCAAAGAAAAUAACACAGGCUAUAUCAAUGCUUCACAUAUAAAGGUUACCGUAGGCGGAGAGGAGUGGCACUACAUUGCUACCCAAGGACCUCUGCCACACACGUGCCAUGACUUCUGGCAGAUGGUAUGGGAACAGGGGGUGAAUGUUAUAGCCAUGGUCACAGCUGAAGAGGAGGGAGGAAGAAGUAAGAGUCAUCGUUAUUGGCCUAAACUGGGCUCUAAGCACAGCUCAGCCACUUAUGGGAAGUUCAAGGUGACAACCAAGUUCCGCACAGACUCCGGCUGCUAUGCAACCACUGGUCUGAAGGUCAAGCAUCUGCUUUCUGGAGAUGAGAAGACAGUGUGGCAUUUGCAGUAUACUGAUUGGCCAGACCAUGGAUGUCCAGAUGAAGUUCAAGGCUUUUUAUCUUACUUAGAGGAGAUACAGUCAGUGCGUCGCCACACCAACAGCGUGCUGGACAGCAGCAACAACUGCAACCCUCCUAUCGUGGUUCACUGCAGUGCAGGGGUAGGAAGGACUGGAGUGGUUAUCCUAACAGAGCUGAUGAUUGGGUGCUUGGAGCAUAAUGAAAAAGUGGAUGUCCCUGUGAUGCUGAGACACCUGCGGGAGCAGAGAAUGUUUAUGAUCCAGACCAUAGCCCAGUACAAAUUUGUCUAUCAAGUGCUCAUCCAGUUCCUGCAAAACUCGAGACUUAUUUAAUCUCUUCAAACAUCUCAGAGCCAGCUUUGUGGAUCUGACUGAACCUUUCUGAUGAAUGAGGGGAACUGCCUUGACAACACAGCGUGCAAUCUGUGUUGCACUUUUUAAAGCUGUCUUGAAAGUAAGGAAUUUGUUCUUUACUAGAGUCUCCCAUGGAUUAUUUUAUAGAAGAUAUAAUUUAUUUUUCUUAGAAUAAUUUGUGAAUUACUUUAGUAACUUUUAAAACUUAUGGUGAGCUUCAAAUUGAACUAUAUUUGACAUGACUGGUCUGCAUUGUAACAUGUUCGUAGGGAAAGCAAUCCUUCGUAAAUGUAGAAUACUGGCUUUAUUUUACUACACAAUUUCUGAAAUGAACAGUUAUUUGGCAGCAGGCUUCUUCUUACAUAAGAACAUUCUGACCCAGAUGUGUAGCUUCUAUGAUUUAAAAAGAAAAAGGACAGACCUGCUAGAUGUCAAGUACAGUUCUAUAUGAAUGGAAGCGGAGGACACGCCGUCCUGGGACAGGGAGACCUAAGCCUCUGCAUAUGCAGGGCACAUUACAGAGGGCUCAAGCACAGGCUGUUGUGAGGGCAGAGAAUUUGGGUGCUGAACUGUUCAAAUUCCGUGAGAAUUGCAGUUUUAGAUCAGUCCUUAAAAAAGCAAUAUUGGAUCUUUUAAAUUAAGCCUUUGCUAUUUGUGGUCCUUCAAGGGAUUUGUGUAAGAGUUGAAGCAGUAUUAGAAAACUGACCAAGAGCAGGGUGAGACUUGCAUCUUUCCUGUAGAUAUGGGUUGAGCAGUAGAGGGGUUUCAACUACAUGCAGCUGAAAAAAAAUAUAUGUAUUAGAUGAAGCAUCUUUUACGAAUUGCACAGAAACUUUUAUUGCCUUGAUGGUCACCUUGUGUGGAAAAGGAAUCAAAUUCAAAUUGGACAUCUCCAGUCACGUGUCUUUGUUUCCUGUGGUUUCCUUGCUGUAGUUGUUGUAUUUUCUAGUCCACUGACCUUUGUAAAAAUGAUCAAUACUGUUUUUAUUCUGUCCAGCAGUGACUGUUGAGGGCUUUAGGUUAGAGUCUGCCUUGAUUGUUUCCCCAUCACCAUCUUGUGAUUUGUGCAUGUACCAAGCAGUUUUUUGGUAUUGUUAGGGUGUUUUUUGUAUUAAAUUGCACAAACCAUC